AUGGGAAGUAGCAGUAGCAGGCCUGCCCCACUGGCGGGGGAGAAGAGCGGCGUGGGCGCCACUGCGGGAGCGUCGUCCCUGCAGGAAGCACCAGCGUCGCCUGCGAAGGCGACCAGCGAUGAGUUCGCCAACUACCGCGAGUUCCGCGACCAGCUGCUGAGCUUCUCACUGGGGGAGAGUGCGUUUGACUACGCGGAACGCCUCUUUGCGAAGAACCCCUCCAGUCCGGAGGUCAUGGCGCUCCUCGCAGAAACCACCGUCUUGUACGACAAGAACAAAAACAAGGUGUUUCGAGAUCACUGGUGCGACCGGCUAGACCUUCUGCAGCGCGGCGUGGAUGUGAGUCGCAAAUGCAUCAAUGAAAACCCAGAGUAUGGCCCGUGCUAUCGAACAUACGUGUUGUGUGCCACGCGUGAGGCAGAGGCGCUUUACUAUGUCAAGAGUUUUAUCGGUCUAGGACUGCUGGAGAAUUACAAGGCCAUCAUGAAACGUGGGGAAAAAGGCAUGGAGCUGCUCCCCACUGACGCAGACAUCCCUAACGCGCUCGGAUCCCUCUGUGGUCGCUGUGCGUACAAGUGGUACAGCCCCACACGUCCCUACGGGAUAUGGUGCGGGGUCCCGGGCUGGAGUGAGAUGUGGGCCAGAAGCAUCGCGCUUCACAAAAAGGCGGUAGAGAAUGAUCCGACCAACUUGGAGUAUGCGUGCAGGCUUGCACAGGCGUAUUACCAAAGUGGAGACCUUCAAAAUUCACGUCGCUGGUUUGCUAAGGUCCGGGAUGAGAUGCCGCCAAUGGACUUGAAAGACGAGCGUUGGCAAUCACUAGCGCACACAGAGCUGUCCACCGCCUUUGCAAAAACCAGUUGGAACGUUCCUUUUGCGUAG